CUGGCUAUGGCCUUUCCAGCUAGCAAAGUAGGAGUCCGUGUUAUGGUUUCCGAAGGCGGAUGGUGAGCAGAAUGUCGCCUACGAUCCACGAGUUCGCCAAGCAGCAGGGCAACCAGCAUUCAAACGCGGUACAUAAAUGCCAGGAAAUGAUGCAAUAAAGCGUAGUGAUCUCACAGCCAGAUGAGGACGACUCCACAUACCUGUCUGAGCCCACCCCCCGGCCCCCGCUAGUGUCCCGGACGCCUGCUCUGGCUGGACACAGCAACAAAUACUCACAGCUACCAAGAAAAGCCUCAAAGAUGAAAUUGAAUCAGUGUUGCAGGAGCGCAUUAUGGUUUUGGAUGGAGGCAUGGGAACCAUGAUCCAGCAAUGUUACUUGACAGAGGAGGAGUUUCGAGGUCAAGAAUUUAAGGAGCAUAUCAAACCACUGAAGGGAAACAAUGACCUGUUGAGUAUAACUCAGCCUGAUAUAAUCUACAAAAUCCACAAGGAAUACUUGCUAUCUGGUGCCGAUAUAAUCGAGACAAACACUUUCAGCAGCACCAGAAUAGCGCAAUCUGAUUACGGCCUUGAGCAUCUGGCUUAUCGGUUAAAUAAAAUAUCAGCACAGGUGGCUCGAAAAGCAGCCGACGAUGUCACUGCUGAGACAGGAAGUAAAAGAUAUGUUGCUGGGGCAAUGGGUCCCACAAAUAAGACCCUUUCUGUCUCGCCCUCAGUGGAAAGACCGGAUUACAGGAACGUCACUUUUGACGAACUGGUGGAAGCAUACACAGAACAGGCUAAAGGACUUCUAGAUGGUGGAGCAGAUAUCAUUUUAGUUGAAACCAUAUUUGAUACAGCUAAUGCUAAGGCAGCACUCUUUGCUCUCCAAAAGCUGUUUGAGGAAGAAUAUGAUCCCAAACCAAUGUUUGUAUCGGGGACCAUUGUCGACAAAAGUGGCCGUACUCUCUCUGGUCAGACGGGCGAGGCAUUUGUCAUCAGUAUAUCUCACAGUGAGCCGCUUUGCAUUGGGUUAAACUGUGCUUUGGGGGCAGUAGAAAUGAGACCCUUCAUUGAAACUAUUGGCAAGUUUACAACUGCUUACAUCAUUUGCUAUCCCAAUGCAGGUCUACCUAAUACCUUUGGUGGUUAUGAUGAAACCCCAGAAGUGACUGCCAAGCACUUAAAGAGUUUUGCCUUAGAUGGUUUGGUGAAUAUAGUUGGUGGCUGCUGUGGAACCACUCCAGCACAUAUACGGGAGAUUGCUGAAGCAGUAAAAGCAUGCAAGCCUCGCAUUCCUGCCUCCUCUGUUUCAGAAGGCAACAUGUUGCUAUCAGGUCUAGAACCCUUCCGGAUUGGGCAGUACACCAAUUUUGUUAACAUUGGAGAACGCUGCAACGUUGCAGGAUCAAGAAAGUUUGCUAAACUCAUCAUGGCAGGCAAUUAUGAAGAAGCACUGAGUGUAGCCAAGGCCCAAGUUGAGAUGGGAGCUCAGAUUUUGGAUAUCAAUGUGGAUGAUGGGAUGUUAGAUGGGCCAAGCGCUAUGGCUCGAUUCUGCAGCUUCAUUGCUUCAGAACCAGACAUUGCUAAGGUGCCACUCUGCAUUGACUCUUCAAAUUUCUCAGUGAUAGAGGCUGGGUUGAAGUGUUGUCAAGGCAAAGGCAUUGUGAACAGUAUCAGUCUGAAAGAAGGCGAAGAUGACUUCCUAUCAAAAGCAAGAAAGAUAAAGAGAUACGGAGCUGCUGUGGUGGUGAUGGCCUUUGAUGAAGUGGGUCAGGCCACAGAAACAGAAGCAAAAAUUUUGAUUUGCACCAGAGCCUACAACCUCCUGGUGAACAAAGUGGGCUUUAAUCCAAAUGACAUAAUUUUUGACCCCAACAUUCUGACUAUAGGUACUGGAAUGGAAGAACACAAUAUGUAUGCUGUAAACUUUAUUGAUGCAACCAAAAUAAUAAAAGAAACACUGCCUGGAGCCAAAAUAAGUGGAGGCCUUUCCAAUCUGUCUUUUUCCUUCCGGGGAAUGGAUGCUAUUCGAGAAGCAAUGCACGGAGUUUUUCUUUACCAUGCAAUUAAGUAUGGAAUGGACAUGGGGAUAGUGAAUGCAGGCAAUCUGCCAGUGUAUGAUGACAUCCAAAAGGAGCUUUUACAGUUGUGCGAAGAUUUGAUUUGGAAUAAAGAUCCAGAUGCAACAGAGAAGCUUUUGCGAUAUGCCCAGACCCAUGCUCAAGGAGGAAAGAAGGUGGUCCAGACUGAUGAAUGGAGAAAUGGCUCUGUAGAAGAGAGACUCGAGUAUGCCCUUGUCAAGGGCAUUGAGAAAUAUGUGGUUGAGGACACGGAGGAGGCUAGAUUAAAUAAAAACAAGUAUGCCAGACCUCUGCAGAUAAUUGAGGGGCCUCUGAUGAAUGGCAUGAAAACAGUUGGUGAUCUUUUCGGGGCUGGCAAGAUGUUUCUGCCACAGGUGAUCAAGUCUGCUCGAGUCAUGAAGAAGGCAGUUGGACAUCUCAUUCCCUUCAUGGAAAAGGAACGAGAGGAAAUGCGUGCUUUGUCAGGAAGCACAGAAGAAGAGGACCCUUAUCAUGGUACAAUUGUGUUAGCUACUGUGAAAGGUGAUGUACAUGACAUUGGCAAGAACAUUGUGGGAGUUGUUCUGGGCUGCAAUAAUUUCAGAGUUAUUGAUUUGGGAGUCAUGACUCCAUGUGACAAGAUACUCAGAGCUGCUCUUGAAAACAAAGCAGAUAUCAUUGGACUGUCUGGUCUUAUCACACCCUCUUUGGAUGAGAUGAUUUUUGUGGCCAAGGAAAUGGAAAGAUUAGAAAUAAAGAUUCCUUUACUGAUUGGAGGAGCAACUACUUCGAAGACACAUACAGCUGUAAGAAUUGCUCCACGAUACAGUGCUCCUGUCAUUCAUGUCCUGGAUGCUUCUAAGAGUGUGGUGGUUUGCUCUCAGCUUUUAGAUGAGAAUCUAAAAGAGGACUUCUUUGAAGAAAUAGUAGAGGAGUACGAAGACAUUAGACAGGACCACUAUGAUUCUCUCAAGGAAAGGAAAUAUUUAUCGCUAGAGCAAGCAAGAAAGAAGGGCUUCUGUUAUGACUGGCUAACAGAAACUAAACCAGUUAAACCACAGUUCCUUGGCACUAGAGUCUUUGAAGAUUAUGACUUACAGAAGCUGAUGGAAUACAUUGACUGGAAGCCUUUUUUCGAUGUUUGGCAGCUUAGAGGCAAAUAUCCCAACCGAGGAUUUCCUAAAAUCUUCAGUGAUAAAACAGUGGGGGAAGAGGCCAAAAAACUUUAUGAUGAAGCUCGAAACUUACUGAAUUGUUUGAUUAUACAAAAGAAAUUUAAAGCCAGGGGUCUGCUUGGAUUUUGGCCAGCUCAGAGUGUUCAAGAUGACAUUUAUGUAUAUGCCACAGAAGAGGAAUUGAAGUUUUCAGAACCAAUAGCUAAAUUCUAUGGCUUAAGGCAACAGGCUGAAAAAGACUCUGCUUCUACAGAUCCCUAUUACUGCCUGUCUGACUUUAUAUCCCCUCUGGAGUCCGGUGUUUCUGACUACUUGGGAUUGUUUGCUGUGGCACUAUUUGGGGUGGAUGAACUGUGCAAGGAGUAUGAGAAGCAGUCUGAUGACUACAGCAUUAUAAUGGUGAAAGCACUGGCAGAUCGGUUAGCAGAGGCAUUUGCCGAGGAACUCCAUGAAAGGGUCCGGAAAGAAUUCUGGGCUUACUGUGCAAAUGAAGAGCUGGAAUUUUCGGACUUGCGUAGGAUCAGAUAUGAAGGAAUCCGUCCAGCUGCUGGGUACCCAAGUCAGCCUGACCACACUGAGAAACUCACUAUGUGGAAACUUGCAAAUAUUGAGGAGCAAACAGGUAUUCAGCUUACUGAAUCCCUAGCCAUGAUGCCUGCUUCAGCAGUAUCGGGUCUCUACUUUUCCAAUCCCGAAUCCAAAUACUUUGCUGUUGGGAAAAUACUGAAAGAUCAGGUUGAAGACUAUGCCUUAAGGAAAAACAUGCCAGUGGCAGAAGUGGAAAAAUGGCUUGGACCCAUUCUUGGAUAUGAUCCAGAAUAACUGUAUGUGUAUAUAAUAGGGAUGGUGGAGGAGGAGUUGGUUUAAUUUAUUGAAAGAAAAGAAAAUAUACUCAGGGCUGGUACACAGGAAACAGCCUCUACACUACAAGGAGGCCUCCUUAAAUAGCUCCCCACAAUGGCUGGGCUCUAUGCAACGAGUCAUUCAUGUGCCAUGUCUUGCCUCACAGGUUGUGGAGUUUUCUCCACAUAGCAACAAACAUUUUAAAGAGUGGCAGUGAAUCAAAUCCCUGAGUUUUGGCCACCAAUUAAAGUGACUGAUGCAUGUUGACAGUUUCAUAUGUGCACAUAUGUUCACAUUUGUUAAUGGGAACAAAUGUGUAACUUCAAUUUGGCCUGAAAGACCCUCGCUGUUAGUUUUUGCAGCGUAUUUAAUUAGGUGAUUAUACAAAAACUAUCACUUGUUCCUGACUUCCUAAGGCCCCCACCCCAAACAGAAUGGUUUUGUGUUUAGAUGCACUCUUAAUGGGGUGCUAAUGAAAUGCUACACAGAUCCCAUAUCCUUAAUGAAAUCCUUGUAGGAAUAUUAGAACUGCUGCACUCAACCCAGUUACAUUUGUUUGUAGCUAUAAGAAUUAAGUUAGGACAAACAUGUGCACUGAUGCAUCCUUUUGAUUGGGGACACACACACACACACACACACACACACACACACACCCCAAUAACCUCAGAAAUCAAAUAGAACAUCAGAUAUAAGAUCAUAUAGGUGGCUUCAUUGUGAUUGCCCUUGUCACUUCAGUGCUCAGGUUCCCUCUUCCUGAUGUUUCAUCCUAGCUCGACCAUUUGCUCUUAUUGUAGACUCAGGAAAAAUCAAUACUUGGGGCUUUUAUGAUCACUACUUAAAAGGUAAUUCUAUGUCCUCCUUGCAGGUGAUUGAAAAGUUUGUCCUGUUUGUUCAGAAAAGUGUUACCUAUGUUAUGUUUGUGUUCUACCAAUAGCUGUCACAAUAUUAGGUCAUACCUCUUCUUCAAGGGCCAGUUCACCAGUCAAUAUGUGAUGAAUUUGAUUGAAAAAUGAAUUUGCAACACUGAAUGCUGUUGUCUGAGUGCCCUUUCUGGCAUUACCUCAGCACUGUGGGAGCUUCUGCAGCAGAAUAACUUUUUCCUGCAGUACUGGGUAGCAUAGGAAGCCCUGGACUACAUGGGAGAAGUCCACAACGUGGCUCCUGCCCAUGCUAGCAAUGUCCCAGGAAAGGUAACACUGGCAUGGGACAGGAACCACAUUUUGGAUUCCUCCCACCUGACUCAGGGCUUUUGAUGUUAACAAAACAGGUAACCUCAGAAGAAACCCUGACAAACAUUCAAAUUGUCCCUUUUCCAGAGUACAACACAAUUCAGGGCUUCUGUUCAGAUUGGAGAGCCAGAAAAUAUGUAGGCUGUUCAUUGCUAGGAUAGGCAUGGUGGUAGAAAUCCUGGUAGAAAUGUUCAUCAUCACUCUCUGCUGAAAGAGCUUCACCAGGAGGAAACACACAUAUGCUCUUCAAGGGAUGGUUCCAUUUGAUUAAGAUUACAGAUAGACACAGCAAGUCAUGGAAAUCAAGGAGAAACAGACAGGGACAAAGUGUCAGCAGUGCAUAUAAGAUAUGCAUCUUAUAUGCAUAUAAGAUGCAUAUAUAAAUAAUGAAGUCUUAGCCAAUCAAGCUGUAUGCUAGACCAACAAAGCUUUUGGCUUUGCAGUGCAACUUGCAAGCGGCUAAACUUAUUGGAAGCAAGAAUUAGACUGGUGGACAAAAGCAUUUGUUCAGAGUAUUAUACGCCCAAGCAGGGUCCUAGAUGCCAUGAAACAGAAAUGGUUAUAUUUGUACAAUGAUUACUACAUUCUUCUGACUCUUCAGAUAUCCUGUAUUAUAAAAGCAGUUGAAACUGAGACUCAAAUGUUUGUACUUUGCCAUUAAAAUUUGGUUCAAUAAAAGAUCACUUUACCUA